AUGGCGUUCAUGCUUCGAGCUGGUUUCGCGUCUGCCGCAGUGCGGCUUGGAUGUGCAUCUACUCUUACAGGGGCUUCUCGGCAUGUUUCAACAGUAGGGAAGGAUUAUACGAUUAUUGACCACACGUAUGAUGCCGUCGUUGUUGGUGCUGGUGGUGCUGGUCUUCGAGCUGCUUUCGGCUUGGCUAACGAAGGCUUCAAAACUGCAUGCGUCACCAAGCUUUUCCCCACGCGCUCCCAUACAGUUGCUGCUCAAGGUGGUAUCAAUGCUGCUCUUGGAAACAUGGAACGAGAUCACUGGAAGUUCCACAUGUUUGAUACGGUGAAGGGUUCGGACUGGCUUGGUGACCAGGAUGCCAUUCAUUACAUGUGCGAAGAAGCCCCUAAGGCCGUAAUCGAGUUGGAGAACUACGGAAUGCCCUUUAGUAGAUUGGAGAAUGGUAAAAUAUAUCAGCGUGCAUUCGGUGGUCAAAGUCUGGAUUAUGGUAAAGGUGGCCAAGCUCAUCGGUGCUGUGCCGUUGCUGAUCGUACAGGACACUCGCUUCUUCACACUCUCUACGGUCGCUCGCUUCGCUAUGAAACCGAUUACUUCAUUGAAUAUUUCGCGCUAGAUCUCUUAAUGGAAAACGGUGUAUGCCGCGGAGUCAACGCGAUUUGCCUGGAGGAUGGAACAAUCCAUCGAUUCCGUGCAAAAAAUACUAUUCUCGCCACUGGAGGUUAUGGUCGCGCCUAUUUCUCCUGUACCUCGGCGCACACUUGCACUGGUGAUGGUACUGCUAUGGUUACUCGUGCCGGGCUUCCCAACGAAGACAUGGAGUUUGUGCAGUUCCAUCCAACUGGUAUCUAUGGCGCUGGUUGCCUUAUCACCGAGGGUUGCCGUGGCGAGGGUGGUUAUCUGAUCAACAGCGAGGGUGAGCGAUUUAUGGAACGCUAUGCCCCCAAUGCAAAGGACUUAGCCUCGAGAGACGUAGUAUCCCGUGCUAUGACUAUUGAAAUCCGCGAGGGUCGCGGUGUAGGUCCUCGUAAGGAUCAUUGCUACUUAAAGCUGCAUCAUUUGCCUGCCGAAAUUCUAAAAUCCCGACUGCCUGGUAUCUCCGAGACUGCUGAGAUUUUUGCCGGUGUUGAUGUGACAAAGGAGCCAGUUCCCGUUCUUCCAACCGUGCACUACAAUAUGGGUGGUGUGCCGACGAAUUAUAAGGGCCAGGUCAUCAGCUAUGACGCUGCCACUGGAAAGGAUAGAAUUGUUCCUGGCCUGUACGCCGCUGGUGAAGUUGCGUGCGCAUCGGUGCACGGCGCAAACCGUUUGGGUGCGAAUUCGCUUCUCGAUAUCGUCGUCUUUGGUCGCGCUUGCGCUUUGGAUAUCGCUGAGAAGUGCAAACCAGGCGAUGCUGGUCCCGAGCUUCAUCCCGAAACUGGCAUGCAGUCGGUCGCCAACAUCGAUAAGCUCCGCAGUGGAAAAGGCCAGUUCCCUGUUAGCGAUGUCCGCCUCGAAAUGCAACGUACCAUGCAGGAGCACGCUGCCGUCUUUCGGGACGGUCCUGUGUUGAAGGCUGGCGUUGAAAAGAUGUUGAAGCUCUACGCUACCAAAUACGACAAUCUUAAGGUGUCUGAUAAGAGUCUUAUUUGGAACUCGGAUCUGAUUGAAGGCAUUGAACUUCAGAACCUCCUCAUCAAUGCCGUACAGACGAUUGUUGCCGCAGAGGCUAGGAAAGAAUCUCGGGGUGCACAUGCUCGUGAGGACUUCAAGCAGAGAAUCGAUGAAUAUGACUAUUCAAAGCCUAUAGAAGGUCAAACCAAGAAGCCGAUGACUGAACACUGGAGGAAGCACACCAUGAGCUACCAAAACAUCAAAACCGGUGCGGUUAAACUUGAGUACAGACCCGUGAUCGACAAGACCUUAGAUCAGAAUGUUUGCCCCACCGUGCCUCCAAAGAUCCGUUCCUACUAG